AUGUCAACAACGGCAACUAAACAAGUAAAAUCUUCCAACUCAGCGAACAUAUUAAUGUGCAAACAGUGGUGGAAAGUGUGUUGGAUGUAUGGUGACCAAGAAAAAUAUUACAGACAACUAUACGGCAAGAGAAAAGUUAACACUAUUAACUCAGAGUUUCUUAAUUUCGACAAAGUAGAUACAAAGCGAACUGGCGCCCAGAUAACUGAACUUACGGAUGACUUUUUUGAAGAUAAUUUCAGUUCACAAAUCGAUCCAGCGCCAGAUGAAAGCCAAACUGCUAAAAAUGAACAUACAGCAUGGUUUGGUGUUGAAUCGGAACCUAUUUACGGUUUUGAGUCGACGUGGCAAAAAGACCAAAGAAGACAACCAAUUCAACAAAAUUACGAUGAUCUUAACGAUAUCCUCGAUGAUGACCUUAAUACAGAUACGAUUAAGACUAUGCUUCAAAACGGACUACCUCUAGAACCUAAAACUGAAUUGUUAGAUUCAAAAGAACAUAUACACAGGAACGGUGAUAUGUUUGGAAAAACCUCCAAAACUAUUUGUAAAACGAAAAAGGGUGCUAUAGUUACGGAAGAAACGGAAAUUUGUACAGACGGCAAAACAACUGCUAAUUUAAGGUUUCAGCGCUCAACAGUGAAAACAGGUCCCAAUAAAUUGAAAGAAGUAUUACAGCCCUUAAAGGAAGAUAAAGUUUUAGACGAGUGUUCAAGAAAAAAGUGUGUAGGUGAUAAGCUGACCACGACGACGAGGACUUUGGUUACCGUCUCUCAGACAUCAACAACUUCCUGUAAUGAGCCUGUUUGCCGAAACUGCGUGGUAUCACCAACCGGCUCGUCACCGCCUCCGCUACAUGAACAGACAUCAUCACCGCCGCCUCCCGCACCAUCAUCACCGGUCACAUCACCGCGUCUUCCUCCUUCACUGCCCUCGCCACAACCAAGUCACAGCGGCUCAUCUGUACCGAGCCAGUCCAAUUCACCCCAUCCCUACUCAUACCCUAACUUCAGACGGAGUCAACCGCCUCCAGGUCAAAAUUUUCCGGAGUACAACCUUCUACACAGUCACAGUGUCUCCCAACUUAAUCAACCAAGUCACAGUUACCAUUCCCCGCAAUCUCCUCAAUCAGCAAUGUCUCUAUCUCCUCAUCCUGUUCCUCAAGGCAAGCUCAGGGGAUUGUUGGAACACGCCGAAAGACUGAUAAAACCAGGCGAUCCACACCGGCACUCGCAGAGCGAUGAUGACUCAGGGUGUGCGCUGGAGGAGUACACGUGGGUUCCGCCGGGACUACGACCUGAACAGGUCCACUUGUACUUCUCGACGAUUCCAGAAGACAAAGUGCCGUACGUAAACAGCGUGGGCGAGCGACAUCGACUGAAGCAGUUGCUGCAACAACUUCCACCCCAGGACAAUGAGGUCCGCUACUGCCACGCGUUGUCAGACGAGGAGAGGAAGGAGCUGAGGCUGUUUAGUGCGCAGAGGAAGCGCGAGGCCCUGGGGCGAGGACAAGCGAGACAACUGCACGCACCGGCACCAUGCGAACGGUUAUCAAUUUUUGUGGCAUGUUUCAUGUCGAUUAACGAAGCAAAGGCGUACGAUGCAGUACGAUGGUGUCUUACAAGCAUAAGAGCCUAA